AUGUCGCGCUUCCAUCUCCACAAUACCAUCAAAGUUGGCGAAUUGACCCAAACCCAAGUCCUCGACCUAACCGCGCACCUCGACUCCAUGCCAAUUGAAAACCACCUGCGACGGAAAAUGCAGCAGGAUAUCACCAGGCUGAGGGAUACGGGCACGUAUAGAGGCAGAAGGCACGCAAUGAACUUGCCCGUCAGAGGACAGAACACUAGGAGCCAAAUCAAGACGGCACGGAAGCUCAACAGGGUGGAAAGGUUCUAG